UAUUUCUUCAUUAGGUACCCGAAGUCUGUUGUCUGGGACUGUAAACUUAACAUACCGUUCAAGUACACUGCAGAGUUUCGAUCACAGGGACACAUUAAUAUAAAGAAAAACGCACAUUGACAUGGUCACGCAUUUACAGUAAAGUUAUGUUAUUUUUGUUAGGUGUCGAACAUCAUGAGAUUGGCAAAGACAGUUAAGACGCUGCUGCUGCUACUGUUGACGAUAGCGUCCGUCGGGGUGACGCAACAUGUACCACUAACCGAAGAUAAGAAGACACAAUCUAAAGGAACUCUCUCCGUAUCGCAGCUCCGUGCAGAGAAUAAGGAAGCAGUAAAGGCGUUUGAAAAAAGUCUUAUGACAAUGUUUGGACUAAAUUCACGUCCCCGUCCCAGCACAGAAAUACAUAUACCUCAGUACAUGUUGGAUUUAUAUCGUCAACACACCAAGGAAGGUGAAGAUAUAGAUAUUAACUUCAACUUGAAAGGGAAGUUAACCAGUACAGCCAACACAGCCCGCAGUUUUCAACACCAAGACCCGCCUGAUAAAGGAGGUGGUGAAUACAAUACUGAAGAUGGAAGUGAACUUUUGUAUUUUAACGUUACAAACAUACCAGAAAGUGAGGAGAUUACAGCGGCGGAGAUCCGAUUAUUAAGAGAAGAUAUUCAGAAUAUCGAAUCCGAGUCACAAUUAUCACAGCGAAACAAAUUAUUUAAAAAACAUAGAAUAGAUAUUUACGAAAUUAUGCAGCCAGCAACAAAAAAUACUGUGGCAAUCACAAGACUAUUAGACACAAGGACAGUGUCCUUUAAGGAUAUCUCUUGGGAGACGUUUGACGUUCAUCCAGCAGUUUUAAAAUGGCGCCAGUCUCCAAGUUUAAAUCACGGCCUUCAGGUGCGACUGUCGGACCACCGAGGCCAACCUUCUACCAAAAUACACACACAUCUUAGACUCAGGAGGGCAGUUAAUACGAAUGAAAAAUCAUGGAAUGCCAAAAAACCUCUUCUCGUAACUUAUAGUGAUGAUAAAAAAUUAUAUAGAGAAAGGACUCGUAGGGGUACAAAUCAACAAAAACGUAACAGGAGAGUGCACAAACGGAAGCAGAGGAAAAACAAAGGUUCGGAGGAGUGCCGAAGACAUCCUUUGUAUGUUGAUUUUAAGGACGUCGGAUGGAACGACUGGAUUGUUGCCCCACCGGGGUAUCAAGCAUAUUAUUGCAAAGGAAAGUGUCCUUUCCCGUUGGCAGACCAUCUUAACUCCACAAACCAUGCAAUAGUACAGACCCUAGUAAACUCUGUGGAUCCAAGUGCCGUUCCGCAGGCAUGCUGUGUUCCAACCGACCUUAGUGCUAUAUCUAUGCUCUAUAUUGACGAGAAGGAAAAGGUGGUUCUAAAAAACUAUCAAGAAAUGGUUGUGGAAGGGUGUGGAUGUCGAUGAAAAUCGUUAUUAGGCCCAACACAAUAUCUGCCACGAAACUCAAACUAUGCAAUUUUAUGUAAUAUAAACCUCUAUGCAGUAUUUAUUCAUUAAAAUGGGGCAAAUAAUAUGCUGGGCCUAGAAGAAAAUAAGUAAGUAAUUGUAUAUGAUGUGAGACGACUUUGCCAAGUAUUUCGUUUAAACACAGUUGGUCGGUUGAAGAAUUCCAAGUGAUAUAUGUGAAAUAUUUGAGUAGUUUUUCAACUUAGGAGAGAAAGGUUGAACGCAAAGGUGUUCUAAAGUCUGGCGUAAUUGCAUUGCAACGCUGCAUCCACUCAGUGCAUCCAAAGAAAAUAGCAUAUCUCCUCAUUCUUGACAUUUCUUGGUUGGAUUUAAGUGUUUGUUACACGAUUUAGUUCAGACUAUUUUUAUGCUGCCUUAGUAUGUUGUGAAAAUCGAUCCUGUCUGAAGUUAAAAUGUUGUCUUUUAACAGGAAAUGUGGUGUCCCUCUCUACCAUUAGUAAAUGUUUUAAGUCAUAUUUGAAAUUCUUUUCAAUUUUAUUUCAUCUUUUUAGAACUAAAUGUGGAUACUUGUCUCAAGUGCCUUGUGGUUCAGUCCGCACACUUUCUUGUCUCCAUGAAAACAAUAAACCUAGAGAAGAUUCAAAUAUAUAUAUUGACUCAAGAAUUUAGAGGCAAUGAGUCGAUAAUUUAGGUAAUAAAACAAACCACAUUUAAAGGUUUCAUUUUAAAACAGUAGCUUAUUUUAGUUCUUAAAUCAAGAUGGCGUUAACCUGAAAAUAUUAGCUAGUGUUCAUUCCGAUGAUUUUGUUGGAAUUAUUUUUAAUCUUUUUUUAUUAAUUCACAAUUCUGUAUUUGAAUUUUUUAUUUCUCGUGAUCUUAAGCAACAGAUUAUAAGCACUUUAAAUUUGUUUCCUUAAAUAAUGUUUACAAUUUAAUCAACAUUUUACACGGACUUAUCUAUCUAAGAGGCGAUUAAUAGUGUAACUGAAUAGUUAAUAUCUGAUUCUGAUCUAUAUUGUAAAUGUUAAUGUUCAAAUAUCUGUUUUGUUGUAUUUUGGGAUAACUGGUUGGCUAAAUGUGCACCAUGCCAUUGUCUAGUUUUAGAAUUGCUUUAAACAGUUCAAGGGGAUCUGAUAACUUUCACUCAUGAAUACCAUUGCCAUUAUCAAACGUUCUUCUGUAAUGACGAUGUUCCCUAUGUGUUAGGGUAUUCGCUUUUUCAAGUGCGUAUUCCGCCAUUAUCUCCUUAUUUCGCAGUCAACAUUUGUCAUCUCCACUAUUGAUAUUUGAUUUCGAGCUUCUAUUAAUUCAUCGACAAGUAUUUGAAACAAGCAAACACUUGUUAACGUGGUGCUAAAUAUUGAAAAUACCUGUUAAUACUUCAGAGUCUUUGAAAAAUUGAAAGGUUUCAAAAAGACUUUAUGAAUCAAGAUAUUGGUUUACAAGUUUGGGGAAAGGUUAUCGUUUCAUUCAAACAUAACAAGAUGUGGCUCAUUGUUUGUAGUGCGUUUUUCAGGUAAGGUAAGUUUAUCUUUCUGCCACUCGACUUUAGCCAUUGACACCACAGUCCCAACGACACUACAUUAGGCUGAAAUCUAAUACAAAAUAACCUGCUCACAUUUCAAAAGACUAAGAGGCCAUUUCCAAUCAAGUUUCACCUGGAAUGUGUAUAAUUUGAUAUCCCUUGAUCUAGCCAUCACUGACUAGCAUCAAAACUAUAUGGUAAAUGCCGCAAUAUGAUGCACGAUACUUCUCCCGUACUGUGUUCAUAUGUAAAAUGAUCUAAAAAUAUGUUUCAUCCAAAAUAAACAAAACUUUGAUCGAGGAAAGAUUAUUUGCCAAUGUUGAAUAAAUUUUUAACUUUGGGGAAUUAUUUCUCAAUUUAAGAUUAUAUAGUUUGUAUAAUGGUGGAAAUACCUACUUAAUGCGAUAAUAAUUAAAGUAGGUCAACAUUAUAUAUGUGUAAACAACAUGUCAAAAGCUUGAAAUAUAUGUUAUUUUCAAGAGAAUAUGUAAUUGAGAUUGUAUAGAGUUAAUAUAUCAUAUUUAAGAAAUGUACAAUUUAUGUUUAAGGGAAUGGCAUUCUCGAGAAUGAUAACCCAAAACGUCAAAUGUAAUUGACACUGGCAGAUGGCAUUGUGCGAAGGUAAUGCCGAAAUAUUAUUUCCCAUUUCCCAUUAGUGCUUUUGGAAAUGGAAAUAGCUUAAAGGACGAGUCAGUGGAUUAUUAAAUAAAUAUAUUGUUAAAAUAUAUUUUCAACCGAUUUGUAAAAAAUGUAAAAUCGAGAGUUAAAACGCAAUAAUGUAAUGAAGAUUGUAAUGAGAUUAUGUGAUCGCAAUGUUAUACCUCUAUUCAUAGAAUGUAUAUUAUUUUGUAAAUAUAAUUACUAAAUUUAA